ACUCAGAGCCUCCGAAGAGGGGACUGCGCACCAUGGCCUCCCGUGCAGCGCCGGUCAGACAGACAUGCUGUUGUUUCAACAUCCGAGUCGCCACCAUAGCCCUGGCCAUUUACCACAUAGUCAUGAGUGUCCUGCUGUUCAUUGAGCAUGUGGUGGAGGUGGCCCGCGGUAAAGUGUCCUGUAGGUUCUUCAAGAUGCCGUACCUCAGGAUGGCUGACCUGCUCUCCAGCUUCCUGCUCAUUGGCGUGCUCUUCAUCAUCAGCAUCAGCCUGCUGUUCGGCGUGGUCAAGAACCGGGAGAAGUACCUGAUACCCUUCCUGUCCCUUCAAAUCAUGGACUUCCUGCUCUGCCUGCUCACACUGCUGGGCUCCUACAUCGAAUUGCCAGCGUACUUGAAGCUUGCCCGGCCCCGGCCUGGUCCUUCUAAGGUCCCCUUGAUGACACUGCAGCUGCUAGACUUCUGUUUGAGUAUCCUGACCCUGUGCAGCUCCUACAUGGAAGUGCCCACCUACCUCAACUUCAAGUCCAUGAACCACAUGAAUUACCUCCCAAGCCAGGAGGGUGUGCCGCACAGCCAGUUCAUCAACAUGAUGCUCAUCUUCUCAGUGGCCUUUAUCACCGUGCUCAUCCUGAAGGUCUACAUGUUCAAGUGUGUGUACACAUGCUACAAAUUCUUGAAGCACAUGAAUUCGGCCAUGGAGGACAGCAGCUCCAAGAUGUUCCUCAAGGUGGCUCUGCCGUCCUACGAGGAAGCCUUGUCUCUGCCCCCUAAGACUCCAGAGGGGGACCCUGCACCACCCCCAUACUCAGAAGUGUGAUCCCCACCAGGCCUUUAGCCCUUGGGCUGGGAGAGGCAGAACUUCCUCCUCCUGCUUCUUCACUUUGGUGGUUGCUGUGGCCUGCCUGCUACAGGACAAUCUGCUUGUGCCCCCCCUCACUGUCCUCUCCUCUCGGGGACCCCUCACUCACAACUGAGUCACCCUGGGCUCAGUGACCCUUUGCGGCUCAGGAUACUCAGCCUAGCAGCCCGUCUCGUCUCCAUCAGCAGUGACACUUGUUCAGAGCGCAGCCAUAGGAAGUUAGGGUGCGUUUGGUUAACAGCUACCGGCUUGAUCUGUUUGGCCAGGCAGCAGCAGGAAGAGAAUCUGGCCAAGCAAUAGUUCCUGGUGUCAGUUUAUACUCAGCUGUCAGACGACAGGAUGGGUCAUGAUUGUGGUGCCCGUUUGCCACCUCCAGUACCCCAAAAGUGUACAAACAAAACAAUUCCUUCAAAUAGCUUGCUUAAAUAGCGAUUCAGCCAACUGCUGUCAUUAGGAAUUAUGAUAAAAUCUAGUAAGAAACUGAGGAGAAAAAGAAAUAGAAACGGAGCCCCUCCCACCACUCACUGCAGUGCUCACCAUGGAGCCCCUCCCACCACUCAUUGCAGUGCUCACCAUGGAGCCCCUCCCACCACUCACUGCAGUGCUCACCAUGGAGCCCCUCCCACCACUCACUGCAGUGCUCACCAUGGAGCCCCUCCCACCACUCACUGCAGUGCUCACCAUGGAGCCCCUCCCACCACUCACUGCAGUGCUCACCAUGGAGCCCCUCCCACCACUCACUGCAGUGCUCACCAUGGAGCCCCUCCCACCACUCACUGCAGUGCUCACCAUGGAGCCCCUCCCACCACUCACUGCAGUGCUCACCAUGGAGCCCCUCCCACCACUCACUGCAGUGCUCAUCAUGGAGCCCCUCCCACCACUCACUGCAGUGCUCACCAUGGAGCCCCUCCCACCACUCACUGCAGUGCUCACCACGGAGCCCAGCCUCUGCUUGAGUUUCUCCAGCACCUGGAGGCUGGGAAGUCCAACAGUCUCGCCGCUGGCCUGAACAUCCUGUUCAGCGUGGGAAAAAAAAUGUUGCUUCUGUUUUAAAUAAUCCCUUCCCAUGAGCCACUGCUCUGAUGGCAAGCUGUCCUUAUCUUCAGUCAAGUGUUCCCUAGGGCCACACAGUGGUGAGGUCCCUGCAAGAGUCCCUUUAGCCUGGCAGAUUUAGGGUCUGGUGAUCACACAUCCCAGCGGCCAGGUUGCUUCAGCUUGCUUGCCCUGGGCUACGCUCAGGGGAUGGCAGGUUUGGAGUUGGCCGCCCUGGGGGUGGCUGUCUGUCACUAUGGCUGCCCAGUUGGGGCAGGCUAGCCUAUGGGGUGUGAAGAGUUGGCCAGAGUCAUGUGUUCUAUGGUGGCAGCAAGGAGGGUCAGUUCAUAUGCCUCUGCUGGCUUUUCUAUCGCUAGGGGUUGCUAGGGGUUGCUAGGGAUCUACACCCUGCCUGUGGUGUAGAUGGGGCUGCAGGGCUGAAAAGUUCCCACUGUACCUGUGUCAUUGCUUGUGUAUGACUUGGAAGAAGGGCCAAUAAAGCAACUGCAAGCUUUGCUCUGUCU